ACUUGUGUGUUGCUGCCCUCUACGUUCGUUGUGUACUUUAAGAUAUACUUUAUCAUAUUUAUGCUUCUUUACCAACCGACUUAAUAACUCACAUUGGACUUUUGGCAAAUUUGAGGGCGAGUUACAUUUGCCAAAGCCAGUGAAAGAACGCCAAAAGACGGUUACUGACCAGAGAGCAACAUUUUUCCGGGGUGGACUUGACCUUUAAGACUGGCUUUGUUGCAGGAAAGGUACUGACAGAGAGUUACUCCUACUCCUGGGAGGCUGUGUACUUCAACAUGGAUACAUGUGGUGUCUGUGAUGGAAAUCUCCAACUUAUUGGGACACAAGCUUUAUCAUUCUGUGCGUAUCUCUCAAAAACCAAUGUCAAGGUUGGCCAAGUACUUCAGCAAAUAGGAUGGGCUGUUGGAGACGAAGCAACGUGGAAUACAAGGCGUUGCUGUAAGCCAUGUUAUCAGAUCCUUGGAAAAUGGAACACUGUUAGAAGGAAUCUGGAAUAUGUCUGCUGUGAGUGGAGAGAAAGAACAGGGAAGUCAUUGCCUGGCCUGCAAGCCGUAGAAAAAGAGACAAAAAAAUCUAGAGUCAUACAGAGCAUCAAACACUCAAACUAUGAACAAACAUUCCGUUUUCUAAGGGCAUCCAAGGCAGCAUGCAAAGUGUGGAGGAAGGACAUUAUCAAAACCAUCAAAAGUGAGAUGUCAUUUCUCUGCAAAACCUCGAACCUCAUUCCAGAUUCCAGUUCAAAGGAAGAAGAGUUUGACUGGACAAAGAUUCUAGAUAGAGUAAAAUCUGUCGCCCCUACGUUCUUUGCUGUUUGCUUGGCGGCCGUAUCUAGAAAGAAGUCUUCAAGUGCUUUCCAGAAAGUCAUGAAGAACAGAUUGGGAAUGAUGCUCCUGAUUCCAUUGUAUCAGAGAAGACCCAUCGUCAUGCAAAGAUUACUACCUGUACCUGUGGCUUCUACAUUGAAGAGAUAUGGCUUAAUGGGAAAGGAUGUGAGCUCUUUCAAAUGUUUUGGUUUGACAACAUCGCAGACUACCGCCAUGAGAAAAUCAAACCAGCCGAGCAGUGAAGCUGACAAGGUCAUAUCCUCGUGGAAAAUGUCAAUAGAGAGAGAUAUUUCUACACCCACAUUUGAAGGUGCAGCUUCAACAGCAACAUCAAGCUUGGAAAUAACUGAACCUCACGCAACUACACCUGUGGACACGAAUCAUCCUGGAUUUUCGAUGGUAUCCCACAAAUCUUAUUGGACGGAAGAAAAGGCAGAUGUGACGGAACAAGGGGCAGAUGUGACGAGCGAUUCAGAGAAAGUUACAAGAGUCGGAGCCAAUUCAUACGCCGUCAAAAACCGGAUAUCAUUUCACGAUGUUGAAAACCAAAACACUCUCACAGCCAGUGACCUCCCAAUUAUGACCUACCUACCCAGCCAGGAUGAUUAUGAAGACCUGAGAAAAAGAAUGUGCAUUCUGGUUGAAAGGAUCCUGAAAGACAACCUCAAUAUCUUUGCCAAUGAGUCUGUGAUCUCACACAUUCCUCAUGAAUAUUCUAAAGAAAGCUCACAAAAGAGUGAAUAUGUGAGUUUUUUAAAAAUUUAAUCCAUUCUUUAAAGA